AUGAAAAACUGUUCAACGUUUAGGGAAAAGCUCAAAAGCUUCCUUCAGAACAAGAAGAAAAGAGAAGACAUCAUAACUGAAAAUAAAAAAAAAAAAGAAAAAUUUUUUGACGUAAAUAAUUUUAAAGUGCAUAUAAAGGAAGAGCUAAGGGAAAAGGAUGUUCAGGUAACAGUAAGAGAACAAGUGGAAGAAGAGGCAGAGAGAAAAAAGGCAAGCCACGAAGAACUGGUAGAAGAAUAUAUAGCAACGCACAGCGGGAAAAACCGUAGCAGGAACAGUAACAGUAACAAUAAUGAUAUUGGAAAUAGGAAUGAUGAUGAAAAUAGCAAUCAUGAUGGAAAUAACAAUAAUGAUAGAAACAACAAUAAUGAUAGAAACAACAAUAAUAAUGGAAACAGCAAUAAUGAUAAAAACAACAAUAAUAAUGGAAACAGCAAUAAUGAUAAAAACAACAAUAAUAAUGGAAACAGCAAUAAUGAUGGCGAUUGCAGUGGUGGGCGAGUUAUGGACGACAAAAUGCGGUGGAAUCCAGAUGGAGUUGUUCCCCCUCUUCACAAUUUUGAUAAGACACAAGAAAAAAUAAAUAAUGUAAAAAAAAAAAAUGGGGAAGGAAAAAAAAGUAGAAUGUAUACAAAUAACAAGAUAAUAGUGAGAAAUGAAAAUAAAAAAAAAAAUUCUGAGCAGGAAAAGCUAUGUAAUACAAUUAAUAAUAAAUCUUUUAUAAAAAUGAAGAAGUUAAAACUAAAAGUUAGUAACAGAUAUUUAAGUAAAUGCGAAGAUAUUACCUGUGAAUACUUAAAACAGUACGACAGAGAUGUAACUAACUACAUAGAUGAAAUAAAGGAAAAUAUAUUUAUAAAAGCAAGUUUGCUAAAAAAAGAAAUGGAAAGCACCCUCAAUCUGAUAGAAAGACAUAUUGAAGAAACAGUUAACUUACAGUGGAAUGUGAAGGGUAUAAAUACGUGUGAACAAAAUGACUACAAAAGUCGCUAUGAGAUUAAUGUAAAAUAUUAUGAACAUUUAAUGAACUCACAUAUAUAUGACAGAAUCAUCAAUAUUAAUGGUGAUAGUAGUAAUGGAAAUGUCUCUACUAGUAAUGAUAACACCGAUGUUAUGGCAGAAGAGAUUAAAGUGUACAUAUCAAACGAAAUAAAAAAAAAAGUAGAUGAAAAAAGAGCUAUGAUCAAAGACAAAUGGGUAACUAUUCAAAAAUCAUUUACAACAUUAAAUGAAUAUAUAAAAAAUUUUACUUUAUAUUUUGAAAAAAAACAAGAUGACUGUAUGAAAGGAGUAAAUACUUAUACAGAACAAUUAGAAGUAAAGUUAAAAGAGACCAUAUUUUUUACAACAAAACAAGUAUAUGAUAUAAUUAAUGAUAAAAAUGAAAACAAUAAACAGUUCUUUUUAGUAUUCUUAAGUCAUUUUAAUGAUUAUAUAUUAAAGAUAUAUAAUUAUGUAUAUGAUAAAUAUUCUAAAUGUGAAACUCUGUUCUUUCCUAUUAUUAAUGGAAAUGACUAUAUACACACUUGUCAUAUUUAUUCUUUGAUAUCACAAAAUUUUAUGAAGAAUUUAUCAAAUGAAAAAGUAUUAACACACUUAAUAAAAAUGCUUCAAGUUAAUUAUAUUACCAUAUAUAAUAAAAGGAAUACACUUAAAAAGGAACAGUUCUUCUAUGAUUUUUUUUCUAUAGAUGAUACUUACCACGACUUCUACAUCUAUUUGAAUAAAUAUUAUGAAGAGUACAUCAAACGAUAUGACGAAAUAAAAGUUAAGAUAUUGCUCUACAGGCACAUUAUUUUCGGCAUCUUUUUCGAUUUAAAAAAUUUUCUAUCCAUCAUUGGUUGUAAGAGGGGGCCACAAAGGGAGGCAAAAAAAAAUAAAAAAAAAAGGGAAAUAAACGAUAUGGACGUAAUGAACAAAAUGGACAAAGUGGACGUAAUGAACGAAAUGGGCGAAGUGGACGUAAUGAACGAAAUGGGCGAAGUGGACGUAAUGAACGAAAUGGGCGAAGUGGACGUAAUGAACAAAAUGGGCGAAGUGGACGUAAUGAACAAAAUGGACAAAGUGGACGUAAUGAACGAAAUGGGCGAAGUGGACGUAAUGAACGAAAUGGACAAAGUGGACGUAAUGAACAAAAUGAACAAAAGAAGGGAAAGCAAAACGGGAUCACCCAAGGGUGGUGUAGACGUAGACGUAGACCCAGUUGUAGACAAAAGUGCACACGAAAAAAUUUACGAGGACACAAUGACUGGUACUUCCCCCUUACGUGGCGUAGCUCCCACGUUUGACUGUAGGAAGAAGGACGGAGUUGGUAGCAGAGCCAAUGAAAGAAGAAGAAUUAGGAACAGAAGCAGGAGCAAAAAUAGACGUAGAAGCAGAUGCAAUGGUAACGACGCGGAGAAAGAACGAGACACAGAAAAGGGAAGAAAAAAUGUGGGUGGUGAAAAACAAAACAGAGAUGUAAAUGUACGAAGCGACGAGGAAAGUAUGAUGAACUGUCUAAAUAAAAACAAGAAGACGUUUGAAAGUUCCAUAUCAAAUAUUUUGAACUACUACAAUGUACUAAAUCUUCGAGAUGAUUAUUUCUUAUUAACUUUUUUUGGAUUAAUAGAAUCAUUAAAAAGAGAUAUAUUUGUAACACACGCUGAAAUUGAUAGGAAGAUAAAAAAGAAUGUACAUUAUUGUGAGAUAAGAAGUUAUAGCAUAAAACAAGAGUUGCACAUACUACUAAAUGAGUAUAAUAAAAAUAUGAACAAAUGCUUAAAAUGUAAUGAUUAUAUUGAAUUAAAUAAAUUUUUACUAAUUAAUGAAGAAAGAGAAAAUAGAUUGUUAACAUUUAUAAAAAGCGCACAAGAAGAAAUAUAUAGCCUUAACGACAAUUUUAUCACAGAAUUAAGAGAAUACUCAUAUAAAUUCUUUUCCUUUGUAUUGAAGAAGGCCAAGAUAAUAAGCUCUGAUGAGGAAGAAACUGUGGAGGGAAACAAAGAGAAAAAGAAAAUGAACAAAAAUUGCAUUGAAAGAGAUGUCAAUAGUACUUUUUUGCAAGAUAACGGAGUAAGAAAACAAGGGGGUACCUCCACUAGAACCAGCGACAAGCCUACUACUAAGGGUCAACGCAAAGGCGCGAAGACUUCAAGCGAAGGGAUAAAUGGAAAUGACGCCGAAGUAGCAGCGGAACUAGCAGAAGAGGUAGAGGCAGACGCAGGGAAAGAUGAGGAGAUUAGCACACCCAAGUGUGUUGUCGAAGAGAACGAAAGGGAUAUAGUGAAACAGCUAGUUAAGGGUAACUAUACAUACAUAUACAAUGAAUCCAACAUCAUGCAGUACACAUAUGAUAAUUAUAAGCAUAACAUGAAAGGUCUACUCUAUAGCACCAAGAAUAAGAACUCUGGAGAUAUACUCUACAAAAAAAAUGAAAAAAAGAUGAGUACAAGUAAAUAUAAAAAGGAAAAAGAAAAAAAGGUAAAAAAUAAUUACAUAACAAAGGAAAAAAAUGUCAUAAGAAAGAAUAUAGUUCACAUCAUGAGAGAAAUAAAUCUUCAAAGUGGAAGAAGGAAAAAUGAAGAACAGACUAAUACUAUGCAAGAUAAGAACUAUAACCUUGAUGGACAUACCAGCAACGAUAUAAUAAUGAAUGAAGAAUUUUACUGUAUGAUCCUUUAUAGUUCACUAAAUUAUGACGAGAUCCUAUUCAAUAUCAGUCAAUUGAAAAAUGGGUUUGAAGCUUUUGUGAGAGGAUACUACGAAUAUUUCAAAAAUAUGAUGCUGGAAUUUCUUCUAAAAAUAAAAAUGAAUUUAGAAAAAGAAGAGUACAUAAAAUGCUUCGAAAAAAUAGACUUAGGUAUUAUAUACGAAGAGGUAAUUAAAAAAAAUCAAGCACAGAUAAACGAAAUAAGAAUAAGAUUAAAAGAAAAUUUUUUAAAAAAUAAAGAUAUAUUUAAUAAUCUUACACACAAAUUAAAAGAAUUAAUAAAAGAAUAUGACUAUACUAUUAAAGAUAUUAAUUAUGAUAAAAAUCUCAAAAGUAGCAUAAAAAAAGUAGAGCAACUACUACUAGUCGAAAAAAUAGACAACUACGAAAAUUUUAAUAAUAAAUAUAAUACUCUAAUUAAAAAUGUAAAAGAUGACUACAUGCAGAUUGAUGAAAACCUACAAAAUAUGAUAAAUAAUUUAUCUAAAGAAAUAAAAAAAUUAGAAAAAUACUGUAAAAUGGUUUGUAGAAUAGGGGAAAAGAAUAUAGAUCAUAACGAGUUAACAACUACUUUGCAAAUGUCAAGUGAGUUCCUUCAAUAUUUAACUAAGAAGAAAGAAAAUUUCUCAAAUAUGUACAAUGCAAACGUUUAUAUUUUUAAUAACAAAAUUAAGAUUAUUUUAUCUAACAGGGAUAACACUAUAGAUGGAGCAAAUUCAAAACUUACCCCCGACAAAGACAUGAUAAAUUAUUUAUCUAUAAAGGAAGAGAUAAAGAAUAAAAUUCUCCUCUUUUAUCUUUUAAUACAUUACAUUAAGAAGUACAUAUUUGAUUCAACUUGUCAAGAGCAUAAGUUGAAGAGAAAAGAAAACAAUAAGGAUAUGGGAAAAAAAAAUGUAACGAAUAAUUGUCUUAUACCACCUAACAUAGCAAUACAAACACGUUCAUGCGAUAAAACUUCCUCAUUCCAUAAUUUACUAAGUAACAAGAAAAGGAGCAAAUACUACCAACAGGAUGAUAAAAACAUCCUCACCAGUAAAGAAAUAAAUGCUGGAAGGAAAUAUAACGAAAUAGAAAACACAAUAUAUCAACUAAACGUAUUUCAAAAAAUUAAGAAAAUAUAUGAAUUAGACAUAAAAGGGGAAAAUUCUUUUUUGAGCAGUUUUUUUCUUUCUUCCUUAAUUUUUCAAAAUAUUAGCGAGUUGGUAUCUACCCAGAGUUGUGUCGUCUAUGAGGACGAGGACUAUUCGAUAACAUUUAAGAAUUAUGACAAAGGAGGUUCUUCUAAGGAAAACAUAACACAAAGAGAAGUGGAUGAAAAAGAAGUGGAGGUAGAGAAGAAGGAAUGGAAGUAUCUAGGAAAGGAAUAUCAAGAAAAGGAGCAGUACGAGGAUGAGAAACAGGGUGAAGAAAAUAAAAAUGAGGCAAGAACACAACGACAUGUUGAUCCUAUUGAGGGAGCACUUGUUAGAAGUAACAGACCAAAUGCAGAUAGAAGUAAAAAUGAUAGAACUGAUUGCCAUACAAGUGGAGGUACUUCUUCCCUCAAGCAUAAUUCUAUCACAUACCCACACAGCAUUACGCUAAAAACGGAAAAAAAUAAGCAAGAAAGGAAGCAAGAGAGGAAGCAAAAAACCAGUGUGUGUGCCUCAAAGGGGGGGGCAGAUAAAGAAGGUGACAAGAGUGUUGAAGCCAAAAAUACACAGUUGAAAAAUAAUGAACCAAAUAAAAAUAAUGAUGGAAAUUAUAAAAUUACACAAACAAGAAAAGAUACGAAAGAAAAUUAUAUACAUAAUAUGCUUCUCAGAAAAAAUUAUUGCGACUUGAAAUUUUUUUUCUACAUAUGUGUAUAUAUUAUAUAUUUGAUAUGCAAGGUGAUAAAAUUCGUUGAUCAUAAUAUUUUUAUUGAGGUAGAAGGGAAAUUUAACCACUACAUAUUCAUAUAUUAUGAUCUGUCUUAUACAAUAUAUAAAAACUCCAUUUUAAAAGAUAAUACACAAAAAAAUAAAAUAUACUUAAAAGAUUUAGCAAUAAAUAAAAAAAGUAUGUCAUCUUAUAUUUAUUCUCCUAAUCAUAUAUUAUAUAAAGUAGAGUUAACAAAUUUGUUUAAUUUUGAAAAAGAAGCUGUUUCAAACUUACUUGAAAAACAUCUUUUUCAAAUUAAGAAUUUACAAACUAUCGAUGAGAAUAAUAAAAAUUUUAAAAAAUUGCACACAGAGUACAAUAGCGACAUAUCAGCGCUGGUCCUUUACUUAAAAAUUCUAUCGAAGAAAAUUGCCUAUAUCAUUUUUGAUUAUAUUUACGAACAUCACGAAGAGCUAAGCAGUGAAAGAAUAAAUAACAUGCACAUAAAUUUUAAAAAAAAGUUUGAAGAAGUGAGCAAACUGCUAAAAAUUACGGAUGAUAAAACUCCUAACAUUGUUACAUUGAGAAAAAAAGAAAUAAAAAGACUUUUAACUUUCUAUGUUAAGGGAAUAAAAAAAAUUUUAGCAAACCAUUUAUACUCCUUUUAUGAAAAUCUUUACAGUAAUCUUAUUUUUUCUGUUCAUCUUUUAAAUCUUCUUCCUUGUUCUUUCUCUUCGCCACAAGAAGACAACUUUAAAAAUAAUGUCAAAAAGGGACCAAUGCCGCCGAGCCUUCUAAAAAUUAAUUAUGUGGAUAAAUCCAGUGAAUACGACCUAAGCGAUCUUCUCAAAAAGAUCAAGAAGGUCUAUAGCCCAAAUGGAGACGAACAUAAAAAUGAAAAGGAAAAAAUAAAUAUAAGCAACCAUGUAAAUACGGACGUGUUUUACAUGACUUAUAGUGAAGAUAACUCCUUUAUUGCUAAUAAAUUAGAAAAAAAAAUUGACAAGUACAUGUCAAAAUUCUACGAACACAUGACAAAAGAGCUGGAUAAUAAAAAAAAAGAAGUAAUAAAAAUAAUUUCAAACGAUAAAAAAAUGAACAGAAAGUAUUAUGAGUGA